GAACACAGGGCUCAGAUAAAGUUUACAUUAUCAGCAGUGCUGAAAACUAUGAGUACACUGAGAUGAGAAAUCAAAUGUUAAUCAUCUGUUCUCCUGGAAGUUCAAGGUGCCUUCCAUAGACUACUGAACAAUACAGGGUAGUAAUGAGGACAGACAUGAUGGCUUUUAUCACCAUGAAGCUUCUCAUUCUCACCUGUCUUGUGGCUGUUGCUCUUGCCAGGCCUAAACUUCCUCUUAGAUACCCAGAACUCCUUCAGAAUCCAUCAGAGAGCAGUGAGGAAAUUAUCAAAGAAGGAAAGUUUCUCAGGCUUGUUUUGCCUAUAUCAUUAGAAUCAAGAGAGGAAUACAUCAAUGGUAUGAACAGGCAGAGAAAAGUUCUGAGAGAAAAACAGAGUGAUGAAAUCAAGAACCAUGUUAUGGCAGAGUCUGAGGAACAGUUUCGUAGAAUGAACGAAUACAACCAACUUCAGCUGCAAGCUGCCCAUGCCCAGGAACAAAUUCGCAGAAUGAGUGAAAACAGCCAUGUCCAAGUGCCUUUCCAGCAGCUCAGCCAACUUGCUGCCUACCCCUAUGCUGUUUGGUACUAUCCACAAAUCGUGCAGUAUGUUCCUUUCCCACCAUUUUCCGACAUCUCCAAUCCCACCGCUCCUGAGAAUUAGGAAAAAACUAACACCAUGCUACAGUGGUGAUAUGACUGAAAAAUUCAUUCUCUGAAUUUCUCCUCUCAUGAAAAACCAUCUUGUCUGAAGACUUGACUGUUGUUUUAGAAUAGUAAAAUCCCAUAUUGAAGGAAAUUGUUCUUUUAGAGUUAUCUACUUAAUAGCAUAUCAUUCUUUUUCUUAAGCUAAAUUUUCCUAGAGAGUUUCUUGUCUAAAUUUCAGUUGUAUCGUGCCAUAUGGAGGGCACCUAAUCAGAGGGUAUUAAAGUCCUUACUAAGUUUCUCUAGUGGACUUUUUGUUUAAAAGGCCUUUGAAUUGUCAAUUCUGUAAGUGCCAUCAUUUAAAAUAAUUUUAUGCAGUGACAGAGAUUGUUUUCUUUUUCCUUUUCAAUAAAUAACACUUUAAGG